AUGCAGUUUAAUGUGGCAUCGGAUAAAGCUCCUUCAAGACCAUCAACGCCUGCUGACGUUGAAGGUUUGAUAUUCAUUGAACACCCCAUAUAUUUAAUUUUUGUUUUAGGCCCUACACCUAGAAAGAGGCGAAAGAUUGAUCUAGAGUUGGAACCGGUUCCUGUAGAUGGAGAUUUGGUUUCUAGAAUAAGCCAAUAUGCUUGGUUUUACACGAAAGAAAACAAUGUGAAACGAUCGGCAAUCCCGGUGACAAAAACUCUUGCAAUCACAUACCGUCAUGGGGAAAACAAGGAUUUUGCAAAAGGCGAUUGCAUUACACUUUCGUCAUAUCAAAACCAGCAAGUGGUUGUUAAUACUUGCGUAGUACUCAUUGAUGAUUCCCUGGAUCUAAUUUUGCUUCAAUCGAAAACCGCCGAACUCUGCGAUAGAGAUUUGAUAAUGGAUGCAGCUCAGCCUAACAAAGGCAUGAAAUACAUUUUGGUAAGUUUAACUAACAAACGACUUGAAAAUGAAUUUCCUUACGUUUGAGCACCUUUUUAGCUCGAAAAACGCAAUUCUAGUUUUUUGGACUUUUGCGCUGUUUUCGACCCUUCCCCGGGGCGCAUAGGAAAAUUUGACACUGGAUUACGGCUUCCCUAGGGUACACCUACAACUCAUAAAACAAAGUUUUCCGAAACUCCAUGUACCCUCCGGAGGUCUCCCUUGUAAGUUAUGUAACUUAUGACUUAUGUAACUUAUGUAACUUAUGAAUUUUGAUUAUUAUCUACACUGAAAUGAUUUCAGAUGGGAUAUUCGGUUAUUCAUGGCAGAACAUCGCACAUCUCAUUCUCCGCAGGAGUAAUAUCGAGCGACAUUACAUCAAGACUGCGUGUGCUAGGCUCGAGUGGCUCUUUCAAAGGCGACAGCGGUGGAAGUUGCUGGAGCGAAGAUGGAAGGUUGAUCGGGAUGCAGGUCAGACCUGUGCGGGAUAGAAUUUUUUUCAAAAUGCGGGGUGCGGGAUGUGGGAUCAACUUAUUUUUUGCGGGAUGCAGGAUUCAGUUGAUUUUUGCGGGAUGCGGGAUUAGAGCAGCGCGGGAUUUGACAAAAAUUCAAAAACCAAAAUUGCAGGUUGAGACUGAAAAAAUUCCGCAUACAACGGACAAUAAUGGUCGACCGGCAUCUCCGGCAUCGGGUGGACGAUGUGGCAUUAUUCCGAUCACAAAUAUUCAUGCAAGAAUUGGGGUAAGCUUUACUUAAUGCAACACCAUUAAAUAAAUCAAUGACUUUAGGACUUUUUACCACCGGAAGAAGAUGUCGAUUAG